CUUUGUUGGUGGAAAUUUCUUUCAAUAAUCAACCAAUGUCUGCGGAUCGCAAGUACGAAAUUGAAUGUCAAGCGAUUGGCUCAAGACCACCGGCAAAGAUUACCUGGUGGAUGGGAAAUAUGGAAAUGCAUGGGCAUAGUCAAAAGGUUUCGGAGGAUGGCAAUGUCAGCAUUUCGGUACUAAGCAUCACACCGACACGUGAAGAUCACGGCAAGGCGUUAUCGUGUCGCGCUACAAAUGAACUGGUGCGAAAUGGCAUACGUGAAACGGCUAUGAAACUGAAUGUUUUCU